AUGCAGAUUUUCUUAAAAAGCGCGAAGACCGUCACGACGCUAGUAUCCCCCCACACCUCUAUCCUCCACCUCAAGACUUUCCUGACGGACAUCUCUCGGGUUCCUUCACGAAGCUUGAGGAUCUCUUGCGGUGGAAAGGAGCUAGUAGACCACAAGUACCUCGUAGACUACGGCGUGAAGGACGGGCAGACUUUGGAGUGGACGAUCCGACUGCUGGGAGGAAGAGGGGAUAUUGCCGAACUAUCAACAGAGUUCUCUCUAGAAGACUACGACCUGGAAGGCUGCCUUGAGCAAGAAAUGGUUGCCGUGGACGAAUGCUCGGGCUGGUUCGGAUCUUCGGAGUCGACGGAAGAGUCGCCAACGGAUUCAGCUGAGGAGAUGAUCGAGCCACCAGAGAUGAUCGCUGGGGUUGAUGAGGGCUUCGAUAUCAACAAGGUGCUUGCAGCAGCCGCUGCUAGAGAUCCUUCCAUGGAGAGCAUCGUGCUAGAAAUACUUCCGAAUGGUGAGAACGUUCCCAUUUCGGUAAGCAAGACCAAGAAGGGUCUUCGCUAUGACUUGGAAUCGAUCGAGGACGAGAGAUUGAGAAAGAGGUUAGCGAAGAACCGUCUCUCAGCAGAGAAAUCUCGACAAAGGCGGAAGAAUCAGCUGCAGGAGCUCGAGCAGCGACUGGCAAUGUUCGAAGAGCAGAACUUGAUGCUGCUGAAGAAGAACGAAGCUCUUGAGCAGGAGAAUGCGAAUUUGCGGAACAGGUUGGGAGAUGGAAUGGGACUAUAGUGUUGAGCGAUUGAGUAAUGAGCUUAACCAAAUGGCCUGGUGGAGAUGAAGAAAUAACAAAACUUAAGAAAAAACAAGGAUUAUCCAGGAUUUUUUUUAUUCUUGUAGAAGUGAUAUGAAGUUGAUUUUAAAUGAAAAUUCAUUUUUUCUUC